AUGCAGUGAAGUACAAAUAACAACACAAGGUCACAACUGAAAUAGAAAACCACAGAAAACAUUUAUUCAUACUUAGUAGUACAAUUUGCCUAAAAUUUUGAACAUGUUAAGUACAUAACACACAAAGCAUAUUUUUCAUAAAGUAGACAUUUAAUUAUUACUGAUUAAGCUUAUUAUUGUUCAAGUCGUUAAGCGAAACAACUGCAAUGAAGAUGAGUAUUUAUUAAUUGAAACCUACCUAUUUAGAAUAGGCCUUUUUGAGUACUAAGGUAGGUAGUAAGGAAAAAUAGGAGGAUUGUUGGUCUAUUGCAGCAUACGCCUACCGAUCUUUUGUUAUCGUAUUUGUUGUUCAAUGUACUAGAGCUUCCCAACAUAAUUACUUACCCCACCAUCGGUAGAACGUAAACAUCAUUUACUUAUCAGAACUUUGUUACCGAUUGACCAAUGACCUUUUCUUAUGAGUUACUGAUAAGAUCGAGUUAGGCUGAUGGAGUAAUCAUAUAAUUGAAAGAGUUGAAACCGUGACAAUGUGUUCUAUAUCACGUACGAAAGCUUUGAUCGUUCCAAGAUUUCUAACUCCUAAGCAAAUAGUGCCGGCAACGUUACGAUGGUACAGUGAUGAAUCUAAAGCAACGAAGACACCUUUAUACAAUUUGCACAACAAAUAUGGAGGUAAAGUGGUCGAUUUCGCAGGUUUCCUGUUACCAGUGCAAUACUCUGAUUUAAGUCUAUCAGAAUCUCACUUGUUUACAAGAAAAAGUGCCUCUAUAUUCGACGUCUCUCAUAUGUUACAAACAAACGUACGUGGCAAGGAUUGUCUCUCUUGGUUUGAGACAUUGUGCCCGGUAGAUUUAAAAGGGAUGAAAAAUGGAAGUAGCUCCCUCACAGUAUUCUUGAAUGAAAAGGGAGGAAUAAUAGACGACUUGAUUGUAACUAAAGUAAAUGAUGAAAAUUUAUAUGUAGUUUCAAACGCUGGUCGGCUUGCGGUAGAUAAGCAGCACAUGAAAGAAACGUCAGAACUAUUUAGGAAAAAGGGCAAGGACGUUCACGUUCAAUUCUUUAAUACUAGUGAGAGAGCUCUUAUUGCCCUUCAGGGUCCUAAAGCAGCUUCAGUUCUCCAAAAUGUUACCGAUAUUCCGAUCAAUGACCUAAUGUUCAUGACAUCUACUCUGGGAAAAGUAGCAGGCGUUGUUUGUCGAGUUACACGUUGCGGAUACACCGGUGAAGAUGGUGUUGAAAUAUCGAUACCAGCGGAAAGGGCCGAAGAAGUAACAGAAGCGUUACUACAGUUUGACGAUGUGAAACUUGCAGGACUCGGUGCUCGAGACUCUUUGCGGUUAGAAGCCGGUUUGUGCCUUUACGGCAACGACAUCGAUGAAAGUGUGUCGCCUGUAGAAGCUAAUUUAACUUGGCUGAUAGCUAAGCGAAGGCGGGCAGAAGACAAUUUCCCGGGAUCUUCCAUUAUCUUGCGUCAAAUAAAAGAAGGUGUAACGAAACGGCGAGUGGGUAUUCGCAUGGAAACGGGCCCUCCGGCAAGAAAGGGCGCUGUCUUGAAAGACUCGAAAACUUCUGAAACUGUGGGUGCUAUUACUAGCGGUUGCCCAGCGCCAUCGCUAGGUGGAAAUGUUGCUAUGGGCUACGUAUCAGAGACGCUGAAGAAGUCUGGAACGGAACUAUUAGUGAACAUUAGAGGAAAGGACGUUCCUUGUGUUGUUGCUAAAAUGCCGUUCGUACCUGCGAAAUAUUACGUCAAAAAAUAAAGUAAACAGUAACUUACGAAA